AUGAAAUAUGUAGACGAAGAAACCCGAGCUUUGGUCCAUCAGCAGAGAAUUAAUGAUCUAGAAGAAGAUAAUUUUUUAGCAGCAAAUAGACUGUAUAUAUAAAUUUAGCGAAGAAAUGACUUUUGGGGAUGAUAGUGCGUUCACAUUCGAAGAUGAACUUUUGCCUAGAAAAAUCAAAAAAACACAAAAAUGCGUUAAAGGUAAUGUGGAGACAGAAAAUGAAAUUUUAGAAGAAAACGAGUCACCGCUUUAUUCCAAAAAGAAAAGAAAAACAAAAAAAUCACCUUUGAUUAAGAAAAGGGUGCAUCAGAGAAAAUCACUGGAAAGAAUUAUUUUGGAAGAGGUAAAGAAUAUUCAGGGACUAUCUAUAAAUGAUGCAGUGCCUAAUUAUUUGACAAUGAGUGUUAAAGCUUCAGAUUAUCCUAGAAGAUUUUUUUGUACAGUUUGUGGGUUUCAGCAUAAAUAUACUUGUAUAAGAUGUGGGGAAAGAUAUUGCAGUAAAAAGUGUGAGUCUGUACAUAAGGAAACAAGAUGUCUUAAAUUUUCAGACUAA